UUAGUAACAGUGAAAGGUUGAAUCUUAUAAAUUCGUAAAACCACAACACAAGACUCCGAUCAGCUUCAGCUAAUUUGUACUAAUGGAGAAGCCUAUUUUCUUGUGCGCAGCUGCAGCUUUGCUAAGCUUGAGUUGCACAGCUGCUUUGCUCACCCCUAAUGGCAUCAACUAUGAAGUGCAAGCUUUGAUGGAUAUCAAGAAAUCCCUGAAUGACCCUCAUGGUGUUCUUCAAUGGGACCAGAAUUCAGUCGACCCCUGCCCCUGGACAAUGGUGGCCUGCUCAAACGACAACCUAGUCAUCACUCUGGCAAUUCAAAGCCAGGGAUUAACCGGGACGAUAUCUUCGGGCAUAGGAAAUCUGACUCAACUCAAGAGCUUGCUUUUACAGGGCAACAAGAUUUCAGGGCAUAUACCGCCUGAAUUGGGAAGCCUUCCAGAGCUUGGAGAGAUCGAUCUUUCGGACAAUCUCCUGACAGGGGAAAUACCCUCUUCUUUGUCCCACCUGGAAAACCUUCGAUACCUGAGGCUUAACAACAACAGUCUUACCGGAGCUAUUCCUAUGGCUUUGUGCAAUCUGACUCGCCUGAGCUUCCUGGACGUGGCAUACAAUAAUUUGCAAGGGCCUGUUCCAAGAAUCCUGGCGAAAAGAUUCAAUGUUUUAGGGAAUCCUAUGAUCUGUUCAUCCGGCAACGAAUCAGGCUGUAAUGGAAAUUCAUCACUGUCUCUAGAUAAUGCACAAAAUCCUAAGGCAUCAAGAAAACAAGCCAGCCGCGACGUCGCCUUGGCGACUGCAUCGAGCUUAGGCUGCAUUUCCAUGCUAAUUCUUGGACUGGGAUUCUUACUAUGCUGGAAGAAUAAGCACAGCAAACAGAUAUUCUUCGAUUUCGCAGAGCAAAAUGGUGAAGAAAUGUGCCCUGGAAACCUGAGAAGGUUCGAACUAGUCGAACUACAGAGGGCCACGAACAACUUCAGCAAAAGGAACAUCAUAGGGAAAGGAGGCUUCGGACACGUCUACAAAGGUUGUCUCCAAGACGGAACGGCUGUAGCAGUGAAAAGGAUGAAGGAUUUAGGUAGCACAGACGGAGAGAUCCAAUUCAAGACAGAAGUAGAGAUAGUCAGCCUUGCAGUGCAUCGAAACCUCCUCGGACUCCAUGGAUUAUGCGUAACUCCAACUGAGAGGCUCCUGGUUUAUCCCUACAUGUCCAAUGGGAACAUCGCAUCAAGACUCAAAGCCAAACCGUCCCUCGAUUGGGCUACUAGGAAAAGAAUUGCUGUAGGUACAGCAAGGGGAUUGUUGUACCUGCAUGAGCAGUGCGACCCGAAGAUAAUCCACCGUGAUGUGAAGGCGGCGAAUAUAUUGCUCGACAAGUGCGGCGAGGCGGUGCUCGGAGAUUUCGGCCUGGCAAAGCUUCUGGACCGCCAGGAUUCGCAUUUCACGACUGCUGUUCGUGGCACGGUCGGGCACAUAGCACCCGAGUAUCUCUGCACAGGCCAGUCCUCAGAGAAAACAGACGUUUUUGGAUUCGGAAUUCUGCUGGUGGAGCUGAUCACCGGUCAGACUGCGCUGGAAUUCAGCAAAUCGACUAAUCAGAAAGGAUCUAUGAUUGAUUGGGUGAAGAAAAUUGAUCGUGACAAAAAACUCGAUUUCCUGGUGGACAAGGAACUUGAAAAUGAGUACAAUAGAGUCGAGCUUGAGGAGAUGGUAAAGGUAGCUAUAUUGUGCACGCAGUACCUUCCCAGACGGAGGCCGAUGAUGGCUGAAGUUGUUCGGAUGCUUGAAGGAGACGGUGUUGCCGAGAAAUGGAUCGCAUCCUCUUUGGACCGGGAUUCUGAUCUUGCAGAUGGCUCUUCAUCAAAGUCCUCAUUUCUGGUUCAACCUAUUGAACUCUCUGGUCCGAGGUGAUGAUAAUAUCUAAAAAACAGGGACAACCAAAAUAUGAAGAGAUAAUACAUUUGAAACAUAUCCUAACCUCUCAAUGAAGAUCAUCAUUUCAUUUCUCUCGACAACCAUAAUUGCUCCGGCAUUGCUUGGACUUUCAUCGAACUGCCAAAGAAGACACUGUUGAGUCGAAAAUAAGAAGAUAUAUAACAGGAGCUCAAGCACUAGCAAUCUCCAAAUGCUAUACUAUGAAUUCAACUUUUCGUUCUUUCAAGUUAAAAAUGUCAUUGCAAAUGUUGAAUCAGAGUUUCAGAUUACAUGUUAUGCAAAAAAGAAAAUCUAAGGAUUCCAGAAAUGAAUCCCGAAUGAAUGCAAAAUUGCCUAAGCACACCACAUGCUCGAUUCUGGAGAGGUGAUUCGCCAUUAUCGAAGGGUGGCAUUGCAAGACAAUGCUCUGAAACUGUGAGGUAAGCGAUGGAAACUAUCACUGGUAUCUCUAAUGGUAAUAGUUUGGGUGUUUCUCAUUU